AUGUUAUGAAUGUGGAAGUAAGAGGUGGGUGGAUAGACACCUUAGUGACAUUUUAUCAACUCACAAUGUCUAAACUGCAGAUUUUAAGUGUUUUUCUGACAGAGAGAUUAACUUUGGCUGCGCAGGAGAUUUUUAAGUCUGUGGAAGACAUGUUUUCAGAGUAUAAUGAGGAGAUUUGUCGCUCCAGACAGGAGAUUGAGCUGCUCAAGAGGAGACUGCAGCAGGCAGGAGUUCAGAUGGACUCUGAAACGCAGUCUUGCUCCUCUGAGACUCAAGGAAAGAAAUACAUCCAGACAUUUUCAGAGGAAUGGAGAUCUGAACAUGAUUUUAAGGACACUGAGAUGCAUAUGAAACUAGAAGUUUAUACACAGCAGGAGGAGAAUGAAGAGCAAAUGCCUGUAUGCAGUGAAUCGGCAUCUUUAUCACCAUGUAUGGACAAUUAUCAUGAUCAGACGCCCAGCAAAGACACUGAACCCCAAAUGAUGGACAGUAGUGAGAAUAAUUUUCCCUUUAACCAAGGACCACGAAUAAAGACUGAACUUGAGAGUAAUUCUGAAACAAGUACCACCUGUCAAGUACAGCAGCACAUCACAAAACACGGCUUGAAUGAUUCAGGGGCCAGCGAUUCUUCCAGUGAUGCCAACAAAAUCACAUUCAGCCACAUUGGCUCGCCCAGACAUGAGACACAAACAUUUAAUCUACCCGUCAGAAAUCAAGAGAUGUUGACGCAGCAUAGGAUGGAGCUGGCCCAGAUAAGAGAGAGAUUGACAGAUGAAGAGCAAAAGAAGGCUGCAUCUAAAGCUAGAUCCCUAAAGCACAAGCAGAAAGUAUACGGGAAUCCUGAGCUUCGUGAGGCAUACAGGAAAAAGGAGAGAGAGAGAAAAUUGCAAUCACAGCAGGAAAGAAACGAGAGGAAUAAGAGUGAAAAUGAGGAAUUUCAAAGAGUAAAGCAGGUCAGACACAUUGAAGAAGUCGCACAUGAUAAAGAACAACAACAAACACAGUCAAAGACAAACCUGGCUGACAUUUGUUUGGAGGAGGUUCAGCAUGAAGAGGAACUGUCUGAAAGCUACCCGACGCAUCAUGAUAUUCACAGAAAUCCACACGGUACAGGAGAGUAUUUGUGUGUUGUGUGCCCCAGGAGAUUCAGCACACCAGGACUGCUGAAAAUUCAUCUGCGAGUUCACUCCGGAGAGAAACCCUACCACUGCAACUUUUGUGGGAAAAACUUUAGACAAUCAAGUCACCUGAACACACAUGUGAGGAUCCACACGGGAGAGAGACCUCACAUCUGUCAGAACUGUGGGAAGACCUUUAUUGACUCGAGCGCAAGAAACAGACACUUCAAAAAAUGCGUUCUUAUCUCUCUGCAAGGACAAUGAAAUCAUAUGGAGCACCUGUUGUUCACUGAAUUGGAAAUGUCACAGUAAAUACUUUCAAGGCUGAAAUGAAGGCAGCUGAUUUUUCAUAAUUGUGCUGUUUCAAUCGAUAGGUCCGAUCCAGUGUCAUAAAAAACAUAACCGUUGAUAGAGUGAUGUGUCUUUAAAAAGAUUUGACAUUGUUUUUUCACAGAAAUUUCACCUGAACUCCUUGAAGCACUUCCAGUGGUACAUUUUCCACAGCAGGCCUAAUUGAGUUUGAGCUAACUGAGGUAUGGCAGGCUCACAUUUGAACCAUGUAAUGCAGUGUUCAUUAACUGAGAAAAUCUUGCUGCUGCUUCUGUUCCCGCUUCCAGAUUUGAUCUUGUUCCUUCUACUUAAUACUAAAUGUUUAUUAGCUAGCAUAUUUAAGAGAAAAUGUACUACU